AUGAGCUAUAGUGGGAUGACAGGAAAAUCAGAAGUGGUGUCCCACAAAAGCCAAGGAAAAGGUAAGGAAGAAAAUGAGCCUGAUUCAGAACAACUGAAUUUCGGUAAGAGUUUGCCUUCAUCAAGUACGAAAAAGACAACUAGAUCAAAGGUUUUACAAAAGAAAGUUAACUCAGAGAAGGUGAAACCUUCUAAGAAAUUCUCACUCAGAAGUAGUGCUGCUGAGAAUCUUUUUCAAGAGCCUUCAGAAAGUGAGAGUGAUCACAGUGUGUGGAAUGCCAGUGCCGCCUUGAAAAGAGACAGGUGGAACAGUGAUGAUGAAGAGUCUGCAGGGACAUCAAAGACUGACUCUCCUGAAUUUGCUGGUAUGAUUAAAUCAAGACUUUCUCUUGUUUUACUUUUAAAGGAUUUGGAACUUAAGAAUCUACCUGGUGAGUUCAACUAUGGGAAUGAACCAUUGAACAGAGAAAAAAACAGAUACAGAGAUAUUCUUCCAUAUGAUUCAACACGUGUUCCUCUUGGAAAAAGCAUGGACUACAUAAAUGCUAGUUAUAUUAGAAUAGUCAAUCAUGGAGAAGAGAAUUUUUAUAUUGCUACCCAAGGACCACUGCCACACACUACAAAUGACUUCUGGCAAAUGGUUUUGGAAAAUAAUUCUAAUGUUAUUGCCAUGAUAACCAGAGAUGUGGAGGAUGGAGUUAUGAAAUGCCACAAUUACUGGCCCAUUUCACUGAAGAUAUCUCAAGUUAUUUCUGUCACUGUCAAGUGUUAUACAGGAACUAGCCACUCUGUAAAACACUUGCAGUUCACUAACUGGCCAGACCAUGGCACUCCUACUUCAGCAGAUGAUUUCAUAAAAUAUGUUCGUUAUGUAAGGAAGAGCCACCUUACAGGACCUAUAGUGGUUCACUGCAGUGCUGGUGUAGGCCGAACAGGGGUAUUCAUAUGUGUGGAUGCUGUGUUCUGUGCUAUUGAAAAGAACUUUUCAUUCAGCUUUGAGAAUAUAGUGACCCAAAUGAGAGAACAACGUUCUGGCAUGAUUCAAACGAAGAUCUUCCUGAAGGCAGCAUCAUUUGUUGUGGGGUUAACAGUGUUUACUCAUCGACCUUACUGGACAUUAUCAGGACAUUCUCCCAUGUUUUUCAGUGAAACAAAAGUUACAUAAAAACAACUACAGCUUGGCUAUUUGGUUGAAGGGAUUACAAUGCCCAGUAAAGGAUAAUUAGCCCAUAUUAAUUAUGGAUUGGUGGGUUUUAUUGUAUACUAUUCAAACAUAUAUAAAAAUAUAAUUUGAUUAAUUUUGCUCCCCAAUUUCAAGACAAAUGUGUAUCCAUAUUCUUUAGCUAGAGUCUGUACUUCCAGCUGGUCUUUGAAUGACUCAAUUUAAAAGGAGUCCAAUGAGGAUGGAUUAACUUUGACAUCAAUUACUUCCAUUUCCUAUUCUUCUUGUUAGGCUCUAGGAUUUGAGAAGACACUGUUUUUCUAGAGCAGCAAGACAAGGCCUUCUUGCUCUGGGAAGCACCUCAUAGGUAGGCAGAGUCCCUCUUCUCUAUUACAUGGAUGCCGUGAUGAACAGUUCAAAUGUAAAAUAGUUGAUUAUAUAGAGAGCCCAAGAACAAAUGUUUGCCCAGCCCAAUUUCUUUCCAAUCCCCCUCUAACACUUAACGUAUUACUCAGGUUGCUUUGUUAAAAAGCAAAUCUUACAUUUUACUUAGUUCUUACCAUUUACUUGACCAACAAACUUUGAUAUAAGCAUCAUUAUGUAAUUCUGAGACAUUCAUUAUAUCUUUUAUAUAAGAUGUAUUUUUCAAACUAAGAUUUACAAUAGUUUUUUUUUUUUCAUUCCAGAGGCCCAUUAAGUCAUUUCUUUCCAUUGUUGCCCUACUCUGCUAAAAUAUUUAGAUAUUGGAUCUUGGAAUUAAUUUUGGAAAACCAAAUUUAUUUGUGUUCAUAAACCAAAUUUAUGGACAGAAAAUAUCCACACUCUAGUUUCAAAAAUAUUCUGGCCAUUAUUUCAUUCACUUUAUUAUAGGAGUUUGCUUUAUACAAUUAUAAUCAUAUUUUUUUUUGGUCAAGAAGUUUUGGUGACCACAUUAUAAGCCACAGAACAACUGAUAAUUUUCUUUGUAUAGUAUAAUUCAGUUGAGAUCAAAAUAUUCUAUCAUUAUAUUGAAAAAUUUCUAAUAUUAAUCUUUAAGUACUAAAUUUCUAAGAGGCUUAUUGUUUUGGCUGAAUGAAAACAAAUUGGCUGGGGGCUGGAGAUGUGGCUCAAGUGGUAGCCUGCUUGCCAGGCAUGAGCGCUGUGCUGGGUUUGAUCCUCAGCACCACAUACAAAUAAAGAUGUUGUGUCUGCCAAAAACUAAAAAAUAAAUAUUUAAA